UGCCAUGUUUUCAAACUGGUUUUCUCUGUAACAGUCCAAACAAAGUGCAGGGUAAUGUGUGUAAACAAGGUGAUGUCAUUCCGUUUUUAUUCCUACGUAUGUCAUUUAACUACAUUGAUUGGCUGAGUACGUAUUGUGGGUAACCUAUCAGCAUGAACUUCCUUAUUCGAAGUCUGCUAUCGUCCUAUAAAUUUGUCCUAUCUUUGAUUGACACACUUUUUUUCGUUAAGGUUAUGAAAGCCUAUUUGAACAGUAAACGCAGUAAUAUACAAAGCGGUUGAGUUAAAAAAAAGCAUGUUCUAUUAGUGUACCUGUGUCCACUUGCCUAAUGCAUACUUUAAAAGAGCAAACUACAAUAAGUAGGCUAGAUGUCGAAUGUCAUGACGCUACCUUGUUCAUCCACUGUAAUGCACGUCAGGGUUUUCAAAUGACAUCCCCCCCCCAUAAACCUUUGGUGAAUUUAAACUAUUUGUUGAAUGCUUGGAAAUCCUUUAUAUUCCCAUCACCCUUCCCCAAUAAACUCCGUUGGACACCACAGUGUGGCAGUAUGAGUUUGCUUUGUUUUGGAGAAGGCUACAGGUUUGGAUCGACCUGACAAAACUCAAUUUAUAUUUGCCAAUGUCCCAGGGUAUCUAUAACAACUAUCAUUUUAGUCAUUUUGGUUUGGUUGUUAAAAAGUAGUCCCAUGUUUAUUCUUUUGAUCUUCAAAAUUAAGGACGUGACGUUUAUGAAAAGAAAGUGAUUUAGUAGGCUUACCUUACACAACUUAACUAAGUGUACACAAUCUGUUAAUAUAGUAUCAUGUUUUAGGACAUGUAGCCAGCAUUGUAAAACACUGAGUCUGGUGGCAAGGAUAUGUUAAAGUGGACUAUCAGCAUGGAAAGUCUAGGCCCACUUAAAUCCACUUCUUACAUACAGGUUAAAACAUUUGCCAAAUGAAUACAUGUUAAAUGUAAUUUUUUUUGCCAAACUGCUGUCUUUUUACAUACGACUUAACACAGCAUGUAUUAACACACGAUGAGGUAGGCUACAACAUUUGUGGGUCUACAACCAAGUCAAUUGUUAUAUUGUUUGUGUACAGCCUAUGAGAACCCAGUUGCAUGGAAAUAUCAAACUGCAUGAUUUGUAAUUGUAAAACGUACUGGUUUGUUAUGUAAGAAGAACAUGUUAGCCCCUAGUGGACGAGAGGUGGCGAGACAGGUGACACGCCCCUGGUGGAGUUGCACAUCCUGACGCUUUUACACGUAGCAGAUCUCUCGUAGCCCUCUAUGGUAGGAGGCUGCGUGUGAGAGUAAGGCCGGGAAAAAUGGCGGCGCCCGUCCUGAGAGUGUCCACCCCUCGAUGGGAAAGAAUAGUCAGGUUCCUUGUAUGCCUACUUGGCAUUAUGUUGUCUUUAUACGCCUUUCACGUAGAACAAGAAAACGCUAAGGACUCGAAAUAUCGGGCAUUAUGCGACUUGAGCAACUCAAUAAGCUGUUCCAAAGUCUUCACCUCCAGAUGGGGGCGAGGAUUCGGGCUCUUGGGCUCUAUCUUUGGCAAUGACAGUGCAAUGAACCAGCCAAACAGUGUCUACGGAAUCAUCUUUUACAUCUUGCAGCUGUUACUUGGAAUGACGGUGAGUGCCAUGGCAGCCCUGAUCCUCAUGAGCACGUCCAUCGCCUCGGUGAUGGGAUCCCUCUACCUGGGGUACAUACUCUACUUCGUUCUGAAGGACUUCUGCGUCAUCUGUGUCACCACAUAUGCACUGAACUUCAUUCUCUUUGUCCUCAACUACAAGCGACUUGUUUACUUGAAUGAGGCUUGGAAGCAACAGCUCCAAGCCAAGCAGGACUGAGAAGGAAAAAAACAAAAACAAAAAAAAUGUGACCUCUGAACUUAUGACUUGCCACCAGGAGACCUUGCUUCCAUACAAUGUUCAUUCUGUGUCUAAAAAAUUGUGAAAAAUUAGGGGCCAGAGAUCACAAGUUUGUUGCAAACAACGGAAGGAUUUAAAAACGGAAAAAAUAUCUAUUUGUCCAUAUUCGCUUUGUUAGAUUCCCUUAUUCUACCCAAAACGAAUACUCACAUAAGGGAUGGGGUUAAAAGAAAAGAAAAAAACAAGCACUUGCAGAAUCUCCAGUACUGACCAUGGAUGACAUCCUGCUACUGAAGAGAAAGUUGAGGACGAGACGGCGAGAGAAGUGCAACAGGACGAUACGUGGUGUUUACUUGAAUCCAAAGGGGACGCUCCUGCUCCUGUGUUCCCCGAACUGUACUGAGAGGAAACGAAUUAUGAGUUUAACAAAAUAAACAUGCAUGAUCAUGGGGUUACUGUACAGUUCUCAGAUAUGAUUCCACAACAAGAUAUAAGGAUUAACAUCAACAAAAGUGUAAUUUCUUAUGUUUACAGUAAUUUUUUUUGAAGAGGACCACUAAUUUUAAAAACAUGGGAGAAUGUGAGACCUUGUGUGUUCAUCGGUUCCUUGUUUCCUCUUGUUUUUUUUUUUGCAAAUCUGUAAAUAGCCGCUGAGCAAUAUUCCAAGCUAGAUUGUGUUUUAGUGUUGACAGACGUAAAGAGAAAAAAAAAGAACAAAAAAAAACUAAAAAAUCCGUAAUAAGGAAAAGCAUUGUGUUGUCAUCAGGGUGAACAGGUGUGACGAUGUGCAUGCACUAAGUGUGUCCCUCACGGUCAGCAAGAGGUAUGCUGUCGCUUGGAUGCUUUCCGAACACCUACUGGUCCAGAUGUUUGUUAGGUUUGACAUCUGAACAACCUCCAUUUGAGUCUUUCCUCCAGUCAGAGUUUUUAUUUUUUCUCUUCCCCCCCCCCCCUAAAUCCUCUCCUCUGCUAAGCCUACUCUCCAGAAUAGCACCUUUCUCUGGGUUUCGUUAAGUAACCUUGUAAAUAUGUUUUGUUCUAAGCAUUCCUGACACACAGGAGGAGAACCAUUAGACUUAUGUGCCUAACAGAACCGUGAUGUGAAAUACCUUCUUUUUCUUCUUCUUCUUUUUUUUUUUUUCUCUUCCCCGUGAAUCUUGAUGAUCACUUUCCUCACUCAGUCACUGUCUCAUGACCCCUUGAUUUUUUGUAUACUGUAUUUCACAUUGUUUCUUAAAAUGGUUAACGUUUGAAAGCGUACAUCACAACUACUAGACACCCCCUUAAACCCUCUCCAAUUGUGCAUUUGAUUAACCUGCUGACGGAUGGGGAAGGUAUGUUUCAAACGGAUACGACAGAAAGACAGCUCUGAACUUUUAUUUUGUAUGCAAUGUGUCAUUCUAGCUUCAGUAAUUUAUUAGACAUUUUGGGUAUGUGUUCACUGCUGUAAGCAAGGUCUAGAUCUCUCAUAGUGGUCUAACAUUUGUUGCUGUGUUUUUGAAUUUGAAACUACAUUACUCACAAUGCUCAGUGCCCUAGCCACUACCUCUCAGUAUUGUCCCCGUACGGUAACAUCCCAUGCUUGUAGGAUUAGCUACAGAAGAUGCCAGCAGAAUCAGCACUUAGAUAUCAUAGCGCCUUGUUACUGGUUGAUGGCUUACCAUGGUAAAUGAGUUGUGCUCUCCUUCCUGCCAGUGGGCAUGAUAUCGGGAGCAAAUUGUGCAACAUUUACGUGGCUGUGUUUUGUGUCCUAGAUCAAUCUCACUGAUGCUGUUUGAUUGGCUCUAGUAGGCUCUGUUUGGUGUGAUGUCCCACGCAGCAGAACAGGUGUCGGUGUUCAUGUGUAUUACUGUUUUCUGAAUAGGGUGUCAAACGAUGUGCACAUUCAUUGGACAUUAGUAUUUUUAUUUUUUUGCAGUUGUCUUUUAAGGUCGGGGGUUUCUCACUCGUGUAAAUCCAUGUGAAAUUCCUGGUGAAUAAAGUCGGUCUCUUUGUGCUAAAAUACAGCUUCUUCCAUUCACCAAUGGUUGAAAGGAGGUGAUGCCAGGUGGCAAACAGAUUGUUGCAUGUCCUAGCUCUACUUUAUUUUUGAGUCGAUCUUUGAGAAGUUUUUGCUUGCUCUAGAAACGCUGGAUAAAGAAUGUUGCAGGCCUUGUAUGUUCACAGGUUCCACACCUUCAUACCAAGGCAGGCCAUUGUCCAUUACUCAUAAUUGCAGCCUAACAGCCUGUAUCAAAGAAACUGCUACUGUGGCCCUGAGCAUAAAAAUGAUUCCAUGAUCAUUAAAACUAAGAUGUGUUUCUGAGCAAGGAACACAACAAUUUGAGCAAGGACUUGUUUGCCUUUUCGUCCGAGUCCUGUGAGAACCUCACCUCAGAGAACCCGUAGCACAUAUUUCUGCUUCUGGACAUCUCAGAAUAAGUACACUUUUUAAUUAGGAAGUCACUACAAUGAAUGCAAAAUCUAUUUGUCUUAAUGGCAUCCAAAUAACAAAGCUAAUUCAGAUCAAAAUAACUUCUUUUCGAUUCAGGAAAAAAAAAGUCUGGAGUAGUGUUUGUGUUCAUAUGUAGCUCACAAUGUGAACAUCCCCAAGUUUAGCACAGCAAAGGAGAUGCUGCAGUCAUGAUGUCCACUAAAAGUGCCUUCUGUAUCUUCACUGGGCCGUGGCCGGUUUGAAGCAGCAGUACAGCCUUGUUGGUUAAGCUGACGGGAACAGGCACUCCUGCUUGCCUUGGAGAAGGUGCACGCAGAUGAGAUCGGAGGUCCUUCAAAGAUGUGUACUGUGACAUGCGUAUUGGAUGUGCGUUAGCAGAGGCCCACCAAAAACCAACCAAUAAAAGACAAAAUAAAGUUAACAUGACAUUGUCUGGUGUUACACUA